AAGGUGGGUUAAGUACAAGGACUUGUAAAAAACCUAAACUGAAGGCCUUCAAUUCUAGACUCCACUCCCUCUAAGAUCCCCCACCCAUCAUGGCAGAAGAUGAUCCUGUUUAUUAUUGUAUCCCACAACUGCGUUGUAGACUCUGUUAGUUUAGAUUAGAGGAUGGGGAAGUUGUCGUUCCAUGUAUCAACAUUACCUGACACGAUCUUUUGAAUACCGCUUACAUUCUUCAGCUAUCAAUGACAAACGCGUAUCGACCGAGUUUACAUUCUUUCGAGAUACACUCCUCUACGAUGAUGAUAUUCUCGGAAUCAAAUUCCAUAUGCGUUGCAGUGGCAAGUGCUGGCAUAGUGGUCUUCGGAGCUCUUGUUUCUACGGCAAGUGCUAUAGUUUUAGACUCUACGCAGUGUCGCCAAAGUUUCUCGCCACUACAGAAUAUAGCUUUCGACCCCCUAUAUUUGAAGAACAGCGACGAAGGGACCGCAUGCUACACAUUCUGGCAAAGAGGUUGAUGGCAUCCUGGACAAAGCGACUCUCUGAUGAAUUAUGCUGGAUGAUUGCAGGACACCUUAUACGAGAAUGUGCAAUCAUAAUUGUGCAAGAACUAGCGAAUGAAGAUAGCGCAAACGAUUCUAUUAUUGAUCUUUCUCGUAACGUGUAUGUUCGUUAUAUCAUGAUAGAAGGUACCCGCUAUAUUCGAAGUCUCCGAAAUUCUACUCAAUCGAUGUCCAAGCCAGGAGAAACACUUCUGCUUGAAAGUCAAAACUCAAGCGAUGUUCGGAACGUGUAUAUCGGUGAAGAUCAUCUCGGAAUCAGACAAAUACAAUUGUCUUCGUCAUCGAAGUCAAUACCGGGUUUAUGGUGGAGGCAGUUCUCCAAAUCUUACUGCAUCUGUAAAAUCAGGACGAGAACUGAUGUUGGUCCAAAAAUAUUCUCGUAUUUUACAAGGGCUAAUGUCAAGUCAGGGACUGAAACUUAGGGAUCUCGUCGAAAGCGAACAGCAAAUUUUCACUGCUCCUGCUCGCAUUAAUUGGCCGGUUCGAGCACCUAAUGUUUCAAUCGUCGACCUUUCGAGCCUCCAGGCUCCACUAGAAGAACCGAAAGGCCUUCGGAUGUCUUUUUUUGAAUGUAAUAGUGCAUUUACAACCGGAUACUCUCUCGCAACAAAUGGAGUGAGCAUUGCCACCGUACAUACACACAAUGAGGAGUUGGACCUCACUUUUCAUGAGGAAGUCGAUAGUUUUUUCGGUCGGUCAAUGGUUUGGAUAUAUAUGCCUGUAGAUGACGGUGAAUACGUAACGGAAAUUUGCAGGCGUUUCGGAUUCAGACAUAUUAGACCGAACUCUUUGGGAUUAAUGGUAUGGAAGUGAUAGCUUAUGAUCUGCCCACCUUACUCAUUUGAUUACGUCUAGUUUACUACAAACCGACAACGAACCACUUUAUUUGGAUGCUAUAAGCCGCCGCCCUCUUCAAAUGCCGACUACCAAUUUGACCGUAUCUAUACCCCGCCACAGACACCAUCGCGAAUUUACUUUAAUGAAUGGGAUUCAAUAUCUGCAGAAUAUGAAAUCAAGUUUCUAGGGUUUGAACACACAGAAACGCCAAUAUCGCGACCUUCCCAAAAUCGCUAAUUCCUAUAUCAUCAUGUCCUCAAACAACAUACCACGAACUUUGGUUCUACUCUUUUUGUUCUAUGGGAGAUGUCACAAGGAUCACUCUAUGCAUGGAUAAAACCGCCUGUCACAAACCUAUCAUCGGCAUGCUUCUCAAUUAUGACGACAAGCACCGAGCCUGUGUGGGACAACUCCGUUUCGACUGGGCGCUUAAACCCAUCGAGGUCACCCAGACUAAGAAAAUGCAUAUAGGUAUCAAAAGAACGACAAAGGGACUGCCCUACGUUGCGGAUAUCAAUAUACAGGCCGCUGUUGAUUGCAGCUUCAUUUCCUGGCUUGAUGUUUCUUGGAAUGGGAUACUAGAGUGGUCGUUCUCACAUCGUCAAUGUAAACUGCAUUAUAUCAGCAGUCAAGAAUGCUCUUAACUUACAAUAUCUGUCCUCUAAGUUUAGUACUCUACUUUCUGACCACCU